AUUUCCCAAGGCGCCAACCCCACAUCGCUGUCUCAUCCGAUGCCCUCUCAGAACCAGCAUGUCUUUGCCAUCCAUCCACGAAGAUGGCGGCGCAACUAUUGUCGUGGCCCAUGCAGAUCUACCGGAUCCACCCAUGACGCUCGACGAAAAAGACGAGAAGCUUGCGGCCGCACAUAAACUCAUCAGCACCAAGUACGACGCUGGGGUACCGUUUUUCACCAAGGACAGUUUUCGAGAUAUUGUGCAGCAACUCGAAAGCGGUGGAAAUCCCGAUCACGAAGUUUCCGUAGUUGGCCUGGACGGUGCUUCUGUCUGUUUCCAAAUCAACACUGGAAAGGAACAUCCAGACCAUCCAUUUGGGAAUGAUUAUGUUUGUAUCAUGACAAAACCAAUACUCGAAUAUCAUGAUGUAAAUGAGCUCCUAGCCGACGAGGAUCUGCACUACUACUCGCUGAGGCGUGCCUAUCUUCCAGUCGAGGUAGCCCACUGGACCGAAAUACGGCGUGCACACACCGGCGAGCUUGUAAGCCCAUGGCCAGCUGCAGACUAUGCCACUGUGCGGCAGAGGUUCGAGCAGGCGAGGCGUUCCUUGGAACGGAGCGAACUUUUUGCGCAGAUCCGGUCCAUGCUCACGUCGACUACGAUCCCACGUGGGAUUCAAAAGAUUGUGGCCCUGGCAUGUUCCACCUUGACAUGGGCCGGCGAGUCCAGGCGCAGUAUGGCCCAGCACGCCCUUGCCCUGGCGAUUGGCGAUGUCUUAGGCGGCGGCGGUGACGGUGGACUCAAAUGCUACGCACAGGACCCAGUCUAUACGCCCGUCGACGAGCAGGUCCUACGCGAAGCUGGUUUUAACGUUCUUGAUGACCCGAGGGCCUUCCUCGAGGUCGACGAGGAGAGUGUCGUUAUUGCUAUUGCCGCUGACAUUCCAAUUAGGCAGAUCAUAGCAGAUAUCGCGCGGCCAGCGAUAAUGAUCCUACAUGAGGUCGUUCCUUCAAAUCGAAGCGUGGUGUGGGCCGACCCCGUGUCGCCGCGUGUGGAAGAGAUGUUGAAAGAAUAUACCGAGUUGGUGUUCCCGGCUGACAAUGAAACCUUUGGCAAUUUGUCAGUCUAUAUUCGAAAGGCGUAAUCAACAAGAGACCAGGUAAAGUUAGGAAUACUUAGCUUUAUACAAACUCUACAAAGUUAUAUUAUAUAAAAGCUAGUUAAAU